GCUUUUUCAUUUUGAAUUUCAAAUUUAAAUGGGGUUUUUUCCUUGCUUUCUAGUUUAGAGAAAGAGCACAUGGAAUAUUAUAUACAGAUAGAAUAAUUGCUAAAGGUUUGGAUGAUUUGGGGUUUGAAACAUUUGCAAAGACAUGGGAGAAUCAGCUUGUCUCAUGCAACCAUUUUCUUACACUGCAGGGAUUCCAAAUGAAGCCAAGGAGGGGAACCCAGUUCACGCUCUUGGGCAGUCAAUAUCUUUUGGUCGAUUUAUGUCUGAUUCCUUGGCUUGGGAGAAAUGGUCAACAUUUUCUCAUAACAAAUAUGUGGAAGAGGCUGAGAGAUACUCUAGGCCUGGAUCAGUUGCACAGAAGAAAGCUUUCUUUGAAGCUCAUUACAAGUCACUUGCGGCUAGGAAAGCAGCAGCCUUGCUUGAGCAAGCUAAUGCAGCAGCAAACAGUGCUAAAGAAAGUGAAGUUGAAAAUGGGAUUCAUGAUAUUACAACCCAAGGUUCAGAAAUGACGAAGUCAAACUCCCAAAUACCAGUCCUUGACCAAGAAGUCAAGGCACCAAGCACAAAAGCUGGUUCUAUUCAUGAUGGUAAAGAGAAUAAUUCAGAUUUUGUCAAGUUUGAAAGCGGCAAGAUGGAAGGAGAUGAUUCAGUCGCUGAACACCAUGUUCUUUUGGAAAAUUAUAUGAAGAAUGAAUCUAUUGAAAGGAAAGCGAGUGUUGAUAAGGCUGAAAUUAGAGAUGUGGAGCUUAGGGAAACAACCCAAGUGGAGAAUUGUGUGAAAGUUGACCAGCCAAGACAGCUUAGGGAGAUUAUAGAAUUGGAGCUCAGUGAAGGAAGCCAGAUGGAGAAACCUCUACUUAAGAGUUCCAAUACCAGUCAAGAUGAAUUUGACGUGACAAGCAAGAAGAAACCAACACAUUCUUCCUCCAAGGUGUCAGCUUAUGCUAGAACAUCCAAAGUGCCAUCUUCACCUGCUAAAUUCACAGCUCCCACUCGUCCCAACAAGGGAAAUAAUCUCACCCCAAUGGCCAAGAAGUCUGCAAUGGACAUUUCAGAUAGAAAGAGAUCAACUCCAAAAUCAAGCCACAAGUCUAUCAAUUUCACCCCUGCCAAAGAAUUCAGUAAAAUAACUUCCACAAUUAUCCGGAAGAUCGAUGGUUCAAGAAUUGCUUCAAAUUCUAAAUCAUCUAAAGAAUGUGCAACACCUUUAAGGACUCCAAACACGGCUUCUGUGAGUGGAAGACCAAAACAACCCUCAGCUACCCCUUGGUCCGAAAACAGAAGCGCUAGAACACCCGUCAACUCCUCAGCCAGUGUGAGCAAAACAGCUCGUGGGAAAUGGAACUUUCUUCCUACAGAUUGUUCAAAGUUUUUGAGUGCCUGCAGAAACAAAUCGCAGUCCCCUGGUAUAUUUGCAUCUUUCAGUUUGAGGACUGAAGAGAGAGCUGCAAGAAGAAAACAGAGGCUUGAAGAGAAAUUCAAUGUUAGUCAGGGACAAAAUAUGCAGCAGCAAACAACACUCAAGGAAAAAGCAGAAACAGAACUCAAGAAACUACGUCAAAGCUUUUGCUUCAAGGCUAGACCAUUGCCAGAUUUUUAUAAAGAAAGAAGAACACCAAAAGAUCAAAUGCACAAGGUUCCAUUGACACAACCAGAAUCACCUGCCCUGGGAAGAAAAUCCACUCCCAGCAAGGCAAGCACUGCCCAAAGCAAAAACUCUCUUCCUCAUCAGAAGUCUUUGAUUAAGAACACUUGCUUCAAGCAGGUCCCAGAAAAGAAAAAUCAAGUUUCAGUUCGUUCUCUCACUUCACGAGUUCCACCGCUGGCUCAUGGGAAUACAACUCCAAAUAUCCAGCAUGCUUAAGAUUACAACAUAGUAAAAUUCUGUAUGUCAGUUGUAUGAAGUCCAAAUUGCUUUUCAAAACGAAUGCUGGAUGCUUACAAUUGAAUGAAAAGGAGGCUGUACCCAAAGGGAAAUUUCCUCAGGAAUGGAAAUUUUCCCAUCAGAAAAAUUUAUUUCCAAAAAUCUUAGCAACUUCAUGUUCAUAUGCAACAUUUCUUUCUGUAAUUAGUAGCACUAUUUAAUAAAAUACUGUAAAAAAAUCUUGUUGUGCCUUGAAACAAGUUAUGGAGCACCGUGACAC